AUGCCACAGACGGAAAUCCCAGCUCGAAUACUUCGAAAAAGGAAGUUUAUAUUUACUCUUGGAUACCCGAAUUCCCCGGAAAUUGCGUUUGACAUUGAGAUCCCGAUCCCUCCCUUCACAGAUUUUACAACGUUAUUCGGAAAUCUAGUUCACAAAACAAAUCUUCCGUAUGCUUGCUUUGACGGUAAGUUCCCUUUUUUUAUUGUAUUAAUGUUUUAGCUGCCCGUUCACAAUUACAAGAAUUCAUUUUGAAGGAAACCAGGAGUUAUGAGGAUGAUAUUGCCGAUUCUUCGGUUCUGGAUUUUCUUCAUGAAGAUGGCCCAUCGUCGGAAUUCGACUAUGAUCAAAAAUUCCGAAUGGUAAAUUACCGUUUUGCGCGAAAUUCAACGUUCUUUGAAGUUAAUCUCAUAGAUUUGUGUAGGAUUCUGGUAUGACCCCCGAUGUCACUCCCCAUUUCGACGAAGAUUUCAAGGAAUUAAUGAAGGUUGGACGGACGGAAGAACUUUUGAAGUUGAUUCGGCUAGAAUCCGAGAUGAAUUUUAGUUUAGCUCAAAAGUUGGAACAGAGAGAUGCCGAACUGAAGAAACUGAGGGCUGAAUGUGAAGAUGCUGUGGAGAGGACGAAGGAAACAUCUGAUCUAGAAGAACACUCCUAUAACCUCAGUGUUCUAAAUGACAAAUUGCAAGUACGUCCUGUAUUAUUUUUAAUCCUCUCAAUAGAACUAGCGGAAGAUUACAUAUUUAUUUUAGCUGACAGAGGCCAAUUACUGCAACCAAAUCAAAGCGUUAACCGAGCGAAAUAGAUCCGAGUUUAUCCGGGCAGUUGGAAUCCUCAAAGAAAAUGGGAAUCUGCCCAACGAGAACUGCAACAAAAAGUCCGUACCCCUCAAUAAACCAAAAUUUGUUGAACAUCCCCCGGUCUUGGACGAAAGCUUUACAAUUUAUAUAGGAAAUCAACUCAAGUCAAUGCAUAAUGCCCGUCUUCUUCAGUACCGAUCUUUGGAUGAAUUUUGUCACGAUCGGUCAAUGGAAUCCAUGGACAGAACGGUUUAUGAAUCCAGUCGACUCAACUCGUUGAUCAAUCUUUAUCGACGGGAUUUGAAGGCCGCUGUGAUGUUGGUGGAUCGUGACCCUUUAUACCAUAUGCACACACAAACAGAGUUCUUCAAGUUGUGCGAGAAAUCAGUCGAAUUACAUUUUGAUCCUAUAGAUGUCCAACUUCAGAAGAUUGCGGGCACCGUAAGGUUUGUUAUAUUAUUGUAUUGUUUUAGAUAUCCACACUCAAUAAAUCUCAACGUCAUCCACCUUCGAAUCAGCGAUGUUUUGAUUCGAUGGAUACUCGACUUCACGGAGAUCACGAUCUUUUCCGCCCUGGUGAUGUCUAUAUCACUUGUCAUUCCAAUUUGAACAGUGUUCAGGUUGUUUUCCAUUUGGUGACAGAUCAGCAUUGGGACAAGAUCGACUUGACAUCUCGGCAUCCUUAUAUAAAUGGCCUCCGGAAUUGCAUUCGGUUGGCAUCCAAGAAUGCGGUCAGAACAUUGGCUCUACCGUUGUUCUUGAAUAAGGAUGUAACUGAGGUAAGUGGUUAAAAUCUUUUUCGGCCAUCAUGAAUGAUUCCUUUCAGAGCCAACCAUUAGCAUUCUACCAAGGCAGGGCCGAUCUUCUUCUCAAGUGCAUUAAAGGAUUUCUGAUCGAAGUUUGCUCAACCGGGGCUUCGAAUGCAAAUUGUGCCGCAUUCAACGAACGCUCUAUGCAUUACAAUAUUAUAUUUGGAGUGCCGGAGACGUUGGGCCCGAAGAUCUUUGAGGCUACGGUAGAUACCAUCCUUCAAGUAUUCCAUUUGGUGCCUACUGUCAACGUGUAA